GCAACUGAAAUGUCAGCGUUGAUGUUGUAUUGAUUGAAGGCAGGCAGUCUCAUGUCAAAAGGCUUUGUUUUCUAUACUCUUCAGCCAUUCUCCAGUCUGCCUACGUUGGUUGUAGUAUAUGCUUAUAUCAUGAUGAAAGCUCUAUACUUAUAUAUAGAUUAGUUUUGUCCUAUUCUGGACACACACAAGGAAUUAAGCUUGGUGGGCUAUGUUAGCAGCCAUCUUAAGCUAAUGUGUUGCUGUGGUUGCAGGCAGACUUAGAUGAAUAUAGAUACAUUUUAUGACAUUUUUAGAUACACCAAGAUGACAGCUUCACCAGAUCAAGCAGUUGUUGAUGUUGCUACAGACACAAUUGUGGAACAGCAACAACAACAACAGACACAAGAGCAACAUUUAGGAUUAACUAUUGGGGAACAAACACAAGAAUCAGCUACAGCCGAGAGUGCAAGUCCAGUUAAAACUGAGAAGAAAACAUGCUCGGGAUCAAGUUCAAAAUCAGAUGUAAAGCAUGAUAAUGGGCGCGAGAAAGGCGACAGUAGGCGGGAGAAAGGAGACAGCGGGAAACGUUUAGAAUUCAGCAAGCGGGAAUCUAGGUCACUUGAUGCCCAAAGUAAAAAAUAUGAACACAAAAACUCUAAGACACGCAGAGGACCACUACUUAAAAGUAAAUCAGAAGAAUCUCGCAACGAUAACGGAUUACGCAGACAAGGUUCGCGCGAAAGCGAUACGCAGCCACGUCGCUCUUCGGGUAACAAGAAACUUGUACGGAGUAAAGCUUUUGAUAAGGAUACUUACGAAAUCUCCAAUCAGGUGAGUGAUGUGCCGCCACGGCUCAAGAUGAAGGCAGACAGUUCCGACUACCCAUCACCUAGAAUUGUGAGGCAGCACAGUGGUACAAGGAGUGAGCCAGCACUGUCAAGAGAUUCCAGCAUGGAUGACCAGAGUCACCGGCCAAUAGACUCCACAGGUACAGACGUCUUACAGUUUAUCAUCAAGGCUUUGCAGACCCAAAAGGACCGUAAACACCUUCUUGAUUUUGAGCAUGAUGUUUUGGAAUUCUUAGAUUCAGGAGAAGAGGAAAAAAAAUUUCCCCCAAUGAACUCAUACCAACGGAUGCUUCUACAUCGAGUUGCAGUUUUGUUUGGCCUAGAGCACAAUGUUGAUGACACAAAGAGCUAUGUUAUUCUCAACAAAACACAGCAUAUGAGAAGACCUGACCAGAAGUUUCAGGAUUAUAUCAAGGAUGACCCCGUGCCAACAACAAUUCUUAAACGAAGUGGUGAACAAACUGCAGACUACUCAAGUAUGGGACGACCAUUCGACAAAGAUUUGAACAAACAGAAUAAAUCAUUUGAAGAAAGAAAAGAAAAUUAUGAAGAACUACGGCACAAGCUCUUUAGUGGAGAUAAGGAACCGCAGGAAGUACCAACAAUUCAAAGACCAAAUAGGCUACUAGUGAACAGCAACAGGAGGCAGGAUUCCGGCACAUCCGAUGAGUCCAUGAGGAGUUAUUUCGAGGACCGCCCAUGGAGCAGCGUGGAGUCGAGCGGCUCCGAGAGGCAGCAUCCCACACAUAUAAUUAAGGCUAGCAGUUUUGCUGGCGUAACAAACAGAAAUAGCUUUAACAGGAAAGACAGCAGUAGCAGCUGGAGUAGUAGUGGCAGUAGUAAUCGUGGAAGUCUUUCAAAGCUGGCACGAGUUGUUAUUUUGGAACAACCGUGUUGUCCAGAUUCUAGCGAACAAAGGACAGGGAGUCCACAGUAUCGUCCGUCACCUCAGUUUCCCGUGUUCAGCCAGCCGUUUAUAUCACAACCAGGUCAUCAAAUAACUUAUCAGCCAGUGCAGCCUAUGGCACAAGUAUCAUCAUGGCAACAUAGUAACAUUACCGGCCACUCCCAGCAGCAGAUGCCAGCCAACUCCGGUAUGAUCACCCCUGGUAAUAUUUCCUCGCCCACCAUAUUAUAUAGCGCUCCCAGUAUAGAGUCGGUUCCGGCUGGUAGCAUUCUGUAUAAUCCACACACAGGGUCACCUUACCAGAACCAAGAUGGCACACCCCUUGUGUACCACCCUGGUAUGAGUAGUCAGGUGACAGCAAAUCAGCCAAUCACAAACCAAAACCUACAACAAGUGCAACUACAUCAACAGAUAGUGAACCAAGGUCAGAUGCAACAAUCUCUCCAAACAGCAGCACCAAUGAACAUCAACCAAUUACAAAAUCAGCAGCAUUUAAACCAACAAAUAACAGCUCCCAGUCAACAUAUACCCUCGCAGGUUUAUGGUACCCAACCGGUCUUAUUACACCAACUACCUCAUCAGACCUCAGGGGAGUAUCCAGAUGUCACAGUGCAACUCCAAACCAUGAACAUCAACAGACAACCUUCCAAUGAAAGUGAUCCAAAUCAACAACAGCAACAGCAGCAGCAGCAAGUCAUGCAUCAACAACAAAUGGUAGGACAGGUAGUUCGACAUCCAGGUGUCAUGUCAGGAUUCCAGGUGCAGGGGACAGGUACACCAGGUGGGGCACCCACCCAACAACAGCAACCCCCACAGGUUUUAUUUUGUCCACCAAAUCAGAAUCAACCACAGGUGACACAGACUCAAAUAACCUACCAGGUACCUGCACAGUUUGUCCAGCAACAGCAAGGUCUAACCAUGCAGCCACUUACUCCAGCUCAACUCAGUUCCCAACAUCAACAACAACAGCAGCAACAGCAGACACACCAAACAACAACUCCAGUAAUAUACCAAACACAACCCCAACUCCUUGGCCAACAGCAGCAGCCUUUGCCAACACAAGGUGGAUACCAGCAUAUACCCAUCAGCAACCUGCAUCACCAGCAACAGCAGCAGCAGCAACAGCAACAAAUACUCUACCAGCCUGUAUAUGACCCUCAGGCGUCACAUCCACAGGGCUUCGGUUCAAAUCUCCAGAUUGUCUACCAAACAACGCCAAACACCACGCAGCUUCAGACGCACAAUGUUCAAGAUAUUCACAGGUCAACUUCUCCUGGCUCCCAGAUACUAGCAGCGCCCAUAGUCAGUCAGGUACAAGCCCAGACGCCCAUGGCUUACGUGCACAUGCACCAGCAACACCGUCCCCAGUCCCCACACAGCGGGAGCCAAUACAGUUCACAUUCUGUUCAGGGUAGCAAGUCACCUUCGCCACAGCAGGCCGUGUUGCAAUACCAGCAGAGGAUCACCCCAGGCAGCGAUAUUAGAUCACCUAGGCCUGCUCUCUACAUGGAGCAACAUUCAACAUUAAGUCCAUCGAUGUCUCCAGCACAGAGUCCAAGUCCAAGCAGAGCAGACAGCUUAGAAAAAGGUGUUACUGGAAGGCAAAGGCACUCAGCUACACUGCACUCUGAGCAGGGAAGUCAGGAGGAUCCGAGCCAAGAUGACUUAAAUGUACUGUACGUAGUUGGUAUCCCUGUGGAUGCAACCGUAAUGGAGGCAGAGUCUAUGCUACAUGAAGUAGUCAACUUGGGAGCCCAAAUAACAUGGACAAAACGUAACAGUGGCUUACCGGGGAUAGCAGACCGAAAUGACAAGGCUACGGAAUACACUAUACGGGCGCUUCUACCAACAGCGGAGCACGCUCAGAGGGUGCAUCGCAGUAUAUCUAGCACAAACUAUCAACUUCUACUGCACAAGACGGAUUCUGCUAAUUUAUAAUCGUUUUAUUUUUGUAAACAAUUAGUGUUUGUAUUAACGUCUUUCACUGGUCACAUCUAUUGUUCCUUUAUUAAAUUUUAAAACAGGUUUCAUAUGCUUUUUGUCUAUCUGAGUACAGUAUAUAAUUCUUAAUUGAUGUUAUAGAUGCCUGUAGAAAUUGAGAAUUUAAUGACAUGAAUAAUUGCAAUAGUGUUUUCUAGUGCAAGACUGAUUUAUUUGUCUUUUAUUUUUUGUCUGUCUGACCAUUUGUACUUGAUGAAUUUUAACGACUGUUCUUCUGUCAAUUUUACAUGUUAAUCUAUAAAGUAGGUUUCUCUUUAAGUUAUUAGAACUUUUGUUGAGAAAUUCUACUAUUGUAUUUCGUUUUUUUAUGGAGAUAACUGAUUUGAUAUACAGCUCGUAUUGAUGUUGUUGGCUUAGUUCAUGUGAAAUACUUUGAUUUGAGACCUGUAAUUUCAAUCAUUAUUCAGUGGUUGAAUAGAAAAUUCUGUCCUGUAGUCUUAUACAAAUAUGAUCAAUGUGUUGCGUGAGACAGUGGGUGUGUGUAUCAAGAGAGAGUGGGGUGUCUGUAUGUGGGUAUAUUUGUAUGUAUUUGAAGCCAUAGAUAUGUCCAUGUGUAUCAUAGAGGGCAAUCCUUUACUUUAUGGGUUUAAAUUAGUGUGUACAUUGUCUCAAAUACUUAAGGGAUAUAAAUUAUUUCCUACAAAAAAAAAAUAUAGCGACUUAGCAAAUGUGAGGUGUAUUAAUAGGGAAAAUGAAUUAUUCCUAACCACAGAAAAAUCACUACUGUGCAAUAACACACCCCUGCCAGGUAUUCUCCACAUAUUGUGAGUAAAAUUUUAACUCCUUUUGCAAGAUUUUCCACUCCUUGGGGUAAUUCUCAAUCCCUGAGGGAAAUCCAACUGGUAAUAAAUUACCCCACCCCUAGUACAGAAUAGCUCACCCUUACUGCAUUAUACCCCUUAAGUAUUUCAUAUUAAUGUAUGAAAUAUUUUAUACCCCUAAAGUAAUUGUCUGGGGUGUAUGUGUCAACAUUUGUUUUAAUUAUAGUGUAUGAGAGAGUGCAUUUUAUCUUUGAUUUUCAUAUUUUAAAAAUAUAAAUUAAGUCAUCUAUUUGCUGUGAAUAGUAGUAUUGGGUUUGAGUAGAGAUGUAAGCCAGCUAAUACUACUACUAGAUAUUAAAUUAAGGAACCUAGAAUCUGGAGCAUUGUACAGCUCUCCUAGUAUUUACCUAGCAGCAACAUGUCGUUUGGGAUAAUGUAUUCAUUUUUUUUACCUCUUUAGUCUGUAAAUUCAUAUGCUGCUUGAAUUUCUAGUUUUUUAAAAAUUAAAAUUUUCUGAGCAAUGAGAAUUGGUAAGGAUUUGAGAACAAUGAAGGAACCUCUACACACAAUUUGAUUUACUUUAUUUGAUAUCUUCAUAUACAAUACAUCAAAUCAAAUAUUUCUUUAUUCUGGAAAAAUCUUUCAGUACAUAAGUGAGAGGUCCAAAUUCAACAAUAAAACAAUCAAGUAACAAAAAUAUAAUGUAACAGACAAAUUUCAACAUAUACAUACAAAAUUAAUACCAAUUACAGGGAAACUGGAGUGAUAUCUUAAGUGACCUUUAAAUCCCUACUUUAUAUAUACAAUAUUUUCAAAAAGGGUUUCUGAAAAUCUAUGACAAUGAAAUAAUAGAGUCUGCAUUAAAAUGUUUGGUUUGCAAUGUUGAGGUUUAAGGCAAUUCAGCCAAUGCUAGCACAAAUGGUACUUUUGCAUAACUUUGAUUUUUUUUUCCUAAAUACUGAUACACUAAAAUCAUGGCUAGCACUCAAUGGAUUUUACAAUUAUUACUGCCCUCCCUAUAUGGUAAAGUAUCCACUGGUUAAGUAGUCGGCAAGAAACCUUGUAAAAAAUUAUAAAAUUCUGAUUUUUCACUUUUGGUAUUUUUCAAAAUGAAUUAUUGUCCAUGUUAUCUGUUCACAAUUUUCUUCUUGAUUGGUUGUACACGUUUUGCUGAUACAUCUACUUAACAAAAACAUUUUACAAACUAAUGAAUGCCAUUAAGUGGUAAUGUUAAGUGCAUCUCAAUCUUUAAAUAAUUAAAAAUUAUUAAUAUUAUUGUUAUUGAAAUGAUUAAUUUAAUAAUUUUUAUUUUAACUGAAUAAAUUUAAUAUUAAAUUACUUCCAUGAUGUAAUUUCCAUCAAAAUUUUAAAAUGAAUUUUUGAGAAAGUGUUUCUUUAAUGAAAUAAUAGGCAUGGUUUCCCAAAGGCAACUCAGGGCGUGUUAUAUUAUACCAAGGUGUAUUAGAGCGCGAGUGAAUUAUGUGUGUGGCCAUUAUUUGCUUUUUUAUUUAUAUAUUUUAUGUUUUAUUUUUAACCCAAGAAGUUUUUGUGCAUUUUCCUGUAAGGUAUCGUAGUUAAUUAUAUAUGUAUGCAGAUACCAAAACAUUCGCCUGUGCCUUGUCAUCGUCGUAUGUUACUCCCAGUCUUUUAUUCGGCUUUGUAGACAUAGCCAGCUAUCAGACGUGUUGUAUCGAGUUUGUGCGAAAUUGGAGGUUGUUGUGUUAUGUGGGUAUAAUGAUGAUAAUAUACGUCGUCACAUCAAAGAUAUUACCUGUACAGGUUUGCAUUAUUGAAUGGAAUUCUAUUUGAUUAUUUAAGAUGAUUUAUUUAGUGACCAUGUAGAUGAUGACCAUAGGUGAUGACUGUAGGGCUUCAUCCUAUUUCAAUAGUGAGUGUCUUCAAAUUUUAUCUCAUAGGAAAAUGAAAUAUGUGUUUCUUUGUAGUGAUGAACUUUAUUGGUUUUGAAAAAGAGUACAACAUUUGACGUCAGUUUGUAGUUUAAAUUGGAGAACAAUAAUUAGUCUCAUGAAUAUGCAUGAGCUGGUAACCACAGCCCCUCCCCCAUGGAGAUGUUAAUAUAAAUUUAUUAUAAGGGCAUUUUAACAGAUAGUUUAGCCUAAAUUCCCAUCAUAGGCUUUUGUUAAUUAGUAGAUGAUGCAAAGACAUAGUAUAUAAUUAAACACAGGUAUGAAAUAUUGAAUAUUAGACUGCCGUUGUGGUCAAUUAAAAAGACCGCAUUUGUGGUCAAUUAAUAUA